AUGGCAACCCAAGCCCUCGCCAAUUGGACAGUCUCUCUUUCCUACGACAACCUACCAGAAGAAGUCAACCAUGCCGCCGUACGAAGCUUCUACAACAUCACCGGUUGCAUAGUCGGCGGAAGCACCCAUUCCGCAACAACAACAACAGCCCGCAAAGCGCUAUCCACCUUCUCAGGACCCCCGACAUCAUGA